AUGCGCGGAGCACUUUUUGGAGAUCAGGUUGAAGCAUACAAGGAUGCCCUUCAACACAAAGGGACUUAUGAAAUUGCAGAUGCUCCAAUCCGAUCUGCAAACCAGCAAUGGAAACGAAGCGAAUCUGAGAUGGACUUUCAGAUGAGUUUCGGGAGGCAGACAGUUAUUCAACCUGUUAAUCCUGAGGCGGGUUCUAUUCUGCCAGACUACCAAUGCCUUGCAUCUUUGCCAAGGGUUGGGGAUCCAGACGACAGAUUCGACGUUCUUGGUGUCGUGUUGUACGUCGAGGAGGAAGCUAGGAAAGUUGACACAGCUCAGGGGCGCCAAGCCUUGGUCCGCGAAAUUGUCAUCUCUGACCACAGCUCCGACCAGCCAAUGGUCAUUUCUGCUUGGAGCGAUCUUGCUGAGGGUGAAUGUGAUGCUCUAUCCUCCUGGGCAGAAAAAUUCAACGUUGUUGGCUUUACUUCUCUACGCACUACUUCACACAAGGGCUUCUCCCUCUCAACAAGCAUCUCCACUGUGAUUGACCAUGACCCUAAGGGAGACAGGCCAAAUGCACUGAAUGAAUGGGCUCUCACGCACCAGGACAUUUUGUCCGACAGGCAGGCUAGGGUGUUGGAUGUAAGGAACCCCUCUCCAAAAAGGGUGAUCAUGACCCUCGAUAUUCUGAAAUUGAAAAAGAACACCACCACUUUACAAGAAGAGCGCCGCUGGAUAAGGGUUGUCGUCCCUGAGCCAGACUUUGAUAGGGUUCAUGCAUACAUAGGUUGCUGCAACUGUGGCACGCGCACGGAGGUUCCAGUAGGAAAAGCAUACACAUGCACAGCCUGCUCCCAUAAGGGCUCUGUUGCUUCUCCCAGGAUUACCUUUAACUGUAACAUUUCCGACGGCACUGGCGAGCUUUCAGUGACUGCUUUCACUGCUGAUGUUGAGCGGCUAUUCAGGAUGCCUGCUGCAGACCUCUUCCGCAUCAAACACACAGAUUACAGCAAUUCUACAACAUGGAGUUCCUUAUGCAAACAAAUAAAGGAAGUUACUAGAUUCCACCACAAAUACAAAUCCACUAAAAACUAG